AGAAUUAGAAAACGUCUUCGUGCUGUUGCUAUACAAAGAGAGUAGAAAAAGAAAAGUGAAAGUAACAUGAACAAAGCUAAUCUCUACCAGCAAGCGAAUGGCGUGCAGCGGCGCGAUGCGAUGGAGAUAUUGAAAGAAUACGCACCACUCAUCAGCUGUCCAAGGGAUGGCGAAGAGGUUGCCCUGUUAGACAUUGGGUGUGGCAGCGGGGACGUGUUGGUGGACUACAUUCUACCGGUGCUGAGCCGCGGAAGCACUCCUGUGGCGCGCGCAUUGGCGACAGACAUCUCGGAGCAGAUGGUGCGCCAUGCACGUGAAUCGUACCGUCACGUUAAGACGAUCGAGUUCGACACCCUUGACAUCGGCAUCAAACUCGAUAGUGCAAAGUUGUCCCGCUGGGGACAAUUUAGUCACGUUACCUCGUUCUACUGCCUACACUGGGUUCAGAAUCAGCACGUAGCCUUUUCCAACAUCUACAACCUUCUGCAGCAUGGCGGUGACUGUCUGCUGGUGUUUUUGGCAAACAACCCUAUCUUUGACAUAUACAACCAACUGUCUCGCUCACCCAAGUGGUCCAAGUAUAUGUACGACGUGGAAAAGUACAUUUCGCCCUACCAGUAUUGUGAAAAUCCAGCAAGUGAGAUCGAGGAUCUGCUGUGCACGGUGGGCUUUCAGCAGUAUCAGAUACAGGUUCGCGACAAGCUGUACGUGUACGAAGGGCUGGACAAUUUGAAACGAGCAGUUUUGGCUGUGAAUCCAUUCAGUGAACGAAUGCCACCAGAACUGCAGGAUAGGUUCCUACUGGACUAUAUCGCUGUUGUGCGGCAGAUGUACUUGACCAAAACUGGCAGCGAAGAGAAUGAUUGCAAUCUUCAAUUCAUAUCCCCAUACAAGUUGGUGGUUGUUUAUGCGAAGAAAUAACAAACAAAUGGAUGCAUUGGAUAUACCUACCGAAACACUUUGAAAACGGAAUUCAUCACAAAUGUUUCAAUAUGAUAGUAUACAUUAACAUGAAAUACACCUUUUUUAAGCAAAGUGUUUCUAGCUCUUAAAGUUGAAUAAAUUUAUUUUUACCUCGGAAA